AUGGCGGACAACGGACCUGCUUCGAACGCGGCACAGCUGCCCCCUCCUCCCCAGCCGAAUGCUGGCGCUCCAGGCUACGAGAAUGGCCAGAACGGCCAGGCCAACCCGGCGCAUAUGCCGCCUCCUCCCCUCCAUAUCCCGCAGAACACCAACCCGAUCCCGACUGCCAUCACCUCGCCCAUGUCUGGCGUCGACAAGGUCAUGUCGCCCGGCAGCGCUGGGGGCUUCGGCCGCCGCGCCGCCCCCGAGCCCAACAAGCGUGCGUUGUACGUCGGAGGCUUGGACCAACGGGUGACCGAGGACGUCCUGCGCCAGAUCUUCGAGACGACUGGCCACGUCCAGAAUGUCAAGAUCAUCCCGGACAAGAAUCUGACCGUGUAUCGACAGGCUAAGGGCUACAACUACGGGUUCGUCGAAUAUGAUGACCCCGGUGCGGCUGAGCGCGCCAUGCAGACCUUGAACGGAAGACGCGUGCACCAAUCUCCUUACCCCGCUGGUGCGAGGCGGAAGCUGACCGAUUGCCAGGAAAUCCGAGUCAACUGGGCAUACCAGUCCAACACCUCUAGCAAGGAGGACACCUCGAACCACUUCCACAUCUUCGUUGGCGAUCUCAGCAACGAGGUGAACGACGAGGUCCUGACCCAGGCUUUCUCCGCCUUUGGCUCCGUCUCGGAGGCUCGCGUGAUGUGGGACAUGAAGACGGGACGCUCCCGCGGAUACGGUUUCGUUGCGUUCAGAGACCGACCGGACGCCGAGAAGGCUCUCAGCUCCAUGGACGGAGAAUGGCUCGGCUCGCGGGCCAUCCGUUGCAACUGGGCCAACCAGAAGGGCCAGCCGUCCAUUGCGCAGCAGCAGGCUAUGCAGGCCAUGGGCCUGACGCCUACGACGCCCUUCGGCCAUCACCAGUUCCCGGCUCACGGCGUUGCCAGCUACGAGGUUGUCCUCGCUCAGACGCCCUCGUGGCAGACGACCUGCUACGUCGGCAACCUGACCCCUUACACCACGCCAAACGACGUUGUUCCUCUUUUCCAAAACUUUGGCUAUGUUGUCGAAUCCCGUUUCCAGGCGGACCGAGGAUUCGCUUUCAUCAAGAUGGACAGCCACGAAAGCGCGGCCAUGGCCAUCUGCCAGAUGAACGGAUAUAAUGUUAAUGGACGCCCCCUGAAGUGCAGCGUAAGUUUACUCGGAGCGAAUUUCUUCCUGAUAAAGUUGGAGAACAGCACUGACAUUUCCCGCGUGAAGUGGGGCAAGGACAAGACGCCGAACCCUCAAGGCGGCGCGGCCGGCUUUGAUCCUUCGCAACAGGCGUACAGCCCCCAGAGCGCCUCCGGACCGGCCUACCCCGGCACCCCGACGGCCUACUUCCCGCAAUACGGUGGUCAAUACGGCGGACAGCACGGUAGCUACGGCGGCCCGGCCGCUCAAUCCCCCGCCGGUUAUGGAGCGCAGCCCAUGGGCUAUGGCGGACCGCAGAGCGCCGGAGGCUAUGGCCGUGGUCAGCAGCCUCCCAACGCCCAGUGGCCUCAGGGCCCCCAGGGACAGAACUUCAACAACGGCUUUGCCGGGUAUCAGGGCUGA